AUGACGCUUUGUCAUACAUGUGGGGGAAUCCAUCGGUCACUCAACCUAUCACUGUCGACGACGACAAAACGUUCCCAGCAACUGUGUCACUCCAGACGGCGCUUCGCCAUUUGCGAUUGCAAGACGGAGUACGGCGUUUAUGGGUUGAUGCAUCGUCAGGUUGCUUUGAUGAAAGGGAUUUACUCUAAGGCCGGAACUGUCAGAGUGUGGAUCGACGUCAACCUGUCUCCGGAUGAUAGUGCUGUCCGAAAGCUACUUUCCCUUUCUUCCCGCUCCACAAUGGAUGAUCUCGGAAACCAUCCAGUAUCCUGGGAGCCUCUUAUCCCGUUAUUCCAAAGCCCCUACUGGGACAGGCUCUGGAUACAGCAAGAACUGCUUUUCGCAAAAAGACUAGAAUUUCACUGUCGUGGAGUGAACAUUCCUGGUAAUAGCCUGAUGAAAUUCCAACACUUGCUUGAUCCAAAUAAGUGGGGUCCUGCGCUCAGCACGAGCCCAAUAUACAUGCUAGGAGCACUAAGACAUGUUCGAGAUCUGAAGGUAACAGACCCAAAAGACAGAGUUCACGCUACACUUGGCCUUAUGAUCGACUAUGAGGGCGACAAUGAGGUUUGGAGCUAUGAGGAAAGUCUUGCAGAAAAGUACACCCGCAUCGCCUGGCUGCUCAUUUUCAAAUGCAACAGUCUCCGUUUUCUGGCUGACGUUAAGCUCACCGAAAAGCCUGACCCAACAGUGAUUGGGUUGCCCUCCUGGGUACCAAAUUGGAAUCCCCCUGGGAAUGCAGCUUUCUUCCACGCUUCCUUUCGCGCAGCAGGUGAUAUCCCUAUGUUUCCUUAUCCACUAGGAGGACACAUGGAGGAGAGGAUACUGAAUGCACGGGGGUUUCAGUAUGAUUCAGUACAACAAACUUUAGGAACUAGAGAUAACUCACGCAUUCCACUUUCUCAACUGUUCACCUUUUCAACAUCGGUCCUCGAUUCUUGCGCAGAUCUUUCUAGAUAUUUCGAUGACCUUGCUUCGGCCCUUAUCGAACCAUCCCUCGCCAAGCUGCAGCUAUCACAAUCUUACUUCAGACAGACUGAAAAGAUAUUCUAUCUUUACGUUCUUCACCACUAUGCUUUCACUACUCCAGGGCUUCGCAUUGCUGAUAUACUUCCCUACGAAGCAAACUUUUCUUCCCAAUCGCGUGAAGAUUGGGCCGGUUCAAUAAAGGACUUACAGAGUUUUCAUGACUUACUACCCUCGGAUUUACGCAUGCUUGAUCUCACGAAACUAUCGGACGUCAUUCCGCAAAGUCUAGAUCAAUACCAACGCUUUGGGCAUUUUAUCACAUUAAUAAGCCAGACUCUAGGUUCCGGAUGCCUCAUGUCAUCAACUUCUUUCCAUCUUGGUAUAAUCGAACGUAAGGCGGCAGUUGAGGCAAGAGACGAGGUAUGGAUAUUGUUUGGCUGUCCAAUACCCAUGAUUCUUCGACGUGAUGGAUCUGCUUACGUCGUAGUAUGUCCUACUUAUGUUUGCAAUAUUAUGGACGGGCAAGCUGUCGAAGGAAUAUACAGCCCUGACCAGUUCAAUAUGUGGCCUAAAGUGUUGCGUACGGAUUAUUUUGCGAAGCCAUCAACCCACAAGAACUCUUAUGUCUCAGGAGACGGCAAAGUCUAUGUCAAAGUUAUCAAAUUGAGAUAG